CAAGGCUGUCGCCGAUCAACACUUGCAUCUGUAGACGUGCACGACUUUCGCUGUUUUUUACUCUUCGUCGCCCAUUCUCCCUGCCCUUUAGGUUGAGCGUUUUCGCAAUGUUGGUGUCCUUGACCGUUGGCAAGGUUGACGCCGGGGUUGCAGUCCUGCUUACCGAAGACAAAAGACUGAUAGAAUUCCCCUCCAUCCUCUUACCCUCGUCAAUAGCAUCGGGCUCCAUUGUCGACAUUACUGUCAAACAAAACCUCGAAGCCGAACAGAAGACACAAGCUGCUUUCGCAGCCUUGCAGAACCAGAUCCUGACUACCUAUGGCAUAAAUACUCCAGCUACGCCCGUCUUAAGUCUUCGCAAUGCAACUCAAACAUCCCUCGUACUAGAGUGGGAUCCUAUCCAGCUUGCGACCACCACGCUGCGAUCGCUCUCUUUGUACAGAAAUGGAAGCAAAGCAGGAAACAUCCCCCGACCGCUCGAACAACAAGCCACGAAAAUCAGCGGUUUGGCAGUCGAUACAGAGUACUCUUUCUACCUCGUACUAAGGACAAGCGGCGGCACAUUCACCAGCAACACACUCACAGUCAAAACACAUAGUAUGAACAAUCUGACAGGUAUCACGGUAACCCCCGGAGUGCUACCACCGCCAUUGAGGGAAAGUUUGGAAACGGCCGUCGACCGCAUAGGUGCCAAACUCAUUGACACUGUCCGAAUCGACACGACACAUUUUGUCUGUACAGAAGGACGAGGACGAAACUGGGAAAGAGCCAACGAGAUGAAUAUACCCGUUGUGAGACCGGAGUGGAUCGAAGGGUGUGAGAGGGAAGGAAGAAUCAUCGGGGUUCGUGGGUACUAUCUGGAUGCGGAUCCCAAGCAAAGGCAAGUUGGAUCGAACCCAUCCUUGGGUGGGAGACCAGGCAACGGCACCGCAGCAGCACAUCCGGAGCAAGCCAAUAUUCCACAAAGGCCGAAAGAGCCAACAACGCCAAAAAGCCCUGAUAGGGAGAGCACGGUCAGUGGAGAGCCGGGGCCCGAAGUGCCUCCUACUCCUCCCCAGAAAGAUGUGCCACCGCCCGCCACAGAAGAUGAUGAAGAGGAAGAGGACGAGGAAGAGGAUGAAGAACCCCAAGCACCGGAGGAGGCAGAAAGACCAUCCGCAGAAGCUAAGGAAGAGGAACGAGCCGAGGAAUCCGAAGAAGACGAAGACGAGUCCACAACGGAAGAGCCUACACGAGUCUCCGAAGACCACAAUCAUCAGUCGGAGGUUGAGGAGAGUAAAGAGACCGCGGAUAUGGAAGACGUUGCAUUAUGAGGACAUUCGCCGGACUCUCAUUGCCACCUCUUGACCAAACUUGAAGUGAGUGUCGGCCACGCACCUGCCAUUGUUGUGCUGGCAGCUUCGCGCUCCGUAUCGUGAAAUUCAGCACGAAGUUCGCGUGGAGUGGAACCUGUGUUGGCUUCACAAAUGCUGUGAUCAUGGGCAACACGGAAAAUUACUGCGAAAUCGACACUGGUGCGAGACAACUUUAUCUUAUGUCAGCCACAAUCAUCAGCGCAAGCUGACAAGCACGAGUCGAUUGUUCCAACCACAACCUAUCAGUCGUCAGCUUACGUCGGACUACAAUGAUAGUCAGGAUAUGCUCAGCUUGAGAUCAAGACCCAAGAAGUGUCUUGGGAUGUGGUGACAAGUUCAUGGACAUGAUCGGCUGCGAUACAGUUCUACGGUGUGAAAAGACUGCAAGCCAGGCAAAGGCUGGUCAAAAGAGAUCUCCCCUUUCAGGGUUGUCUUAAUAUGUCAGCAUACACUGUG